AUGUCUAAAGAGUAUACGAUCUUCGCCCUAGAUGCGUCAAAGUCAAUGGGGCGACAUCUGUCCCACCCGGAGAAAUCAGAUUUGACACUUGCCCUGGAUUUUGUAUUUGAUUACCUAAACCGGCAAUUAGUAAAGAAUAGGAAGCUGGACCGUUUUGCCUUGGUGUUAUUCUCCGGGCAUAACGUGCAAAUCCUCUACGAAAACAAACCACUUUCAUUGGCCAUCCUGAGAGAGUACAAUUCCAAGGUCUUACAAUUCUAUUACGAUGACGCCAAGGUGGAGAAUCAGGAUGCAAAAUAUCAAUUCAGUGACGCGUUAAAAUUGGCGUUGGAACAAUUCCAAAUAUCGGCCCACUUGAAGUUUAGCCGGAAUUUGUUUGUGUUGACCAAUGGAGAAUUACCAUUCAACAGCUUUGUGACUCUGGAUUGGAGUGAUUAUCAUGACUGGGUAGAGAACUACAAUAUCACUGUCACGCUUGGGAUUAUUAAUUACACAUCCGGCAUUAAGAAGUCAGAAAACAAACAAGGAAAUGAGCGAAUGUGCAAAGAAAUAUCCGAGUUUGGGGAUAGGUAUCUAUUGUAUGACAUGGAUACUCUUCUCAAAGCUCGACCUCCUUUGAAAUUGAUCGGACCGCGAGUUUUAUGUUCGGCUAAACUUUCAUUUGCGGGAGAUGCUGCGCAAUAUUGGAAACUAGAUUUGGAUGAUUCUGGGGCUGUGUCCAUGGAAAUUCAAGUUUACCCGGCAAUUAAACUUGACAAAUUUGCUCAUGGGCAUGAAUAUUAUAUGGAUAGAGAAAAUGAAACCUUGACACAAGUCAAGAGAUCAACUACGUACUACAUCAAGAAAACUAGUGAUACGAACGAAUUUCAAAACGACGAAUCUGAUGAGGUGGAUGAUUUAAUCAAGGAGGAGGAAACAAUUCCUGUUUCUAGCUUUGACUGUACUCCUGGGUUUAAGUUCUCACCUAGAGAUAUCCUAGCUGUAAAUUCAGAUUUACAAGAGGUUGCAACAUUAAUUUCAAAACCUUCGAUAGAUAUUCUAGGAUUUAUCAAGAAGGAAAAGUUUCCUGUGGCAUAUCAUACUGAUGAAUCUUUGUUUGUUUUGCCAAGUCUGCACAUGGGAGGUAAGAACAAGCUGUCCUUUGACUGUCUUGUUCAAGCUUUAUUGGAGUUGGAAUCAAUUGCUAUUGUAAGGUAUACGCAAUACAAAGACUCUGAAGUCAAACUUUGUGCAGCCUAUCCUCUGAAAGUUAAAUUAGAUGGAAGUUCAGCACGUGUGUUGUUAUUAAUACGAAUUGCUAUGAAAGAGGAUGAAAAAAUUGGGAGAUUUCCACUGUUAACCAAACCCAAUGAGAAUAUGCAACUGGAUAACAAUGAAACCAGUAAAAAAAUAGACCGUGUUGCAGCAGAUAAUCUUAUGGAACAACUUAUUAAAUCCAAAAAACUCAAAGAUGAGAAGAUUCUCAAGGACACACUAGAUAACAGAAAAGUCGGUCUACUUAGAUCUGAGUCUAUUGGAACUCCAGUGACUGAUGGUACUGGAUUAAGUGAACUUUUAAUGUCUUCUAACCCAGGUGGGAGAAAAUUUAACCAUUACUUACUGAAGAUUAUUCUGAAAUCAUUACUGACAAAGUCCUUAUUUAAUUUCUUGAAUGAGGAAAAGUUUGUUGAAAAUUACCUUUCAAAAGAUGAACUGACUGUAUUAUUUACUACCCAAAAUGUUCUUGAUUCUUCAUUAAUAUAUACAGGAGAAGAAACCAAAGAAAACUCUAUAACUGAGAAAUUAAGAAAAGAACUCGAUGUGGAAUAUAUCACUCAAAGAAAGGAAUCUAACCGUAAAGCUGGUAGGAAGUACGACUCAAUUUAUGGUCAAGAUCCAAAGAAUGACGCUAAUUUUGAUGAAUAUUUCGAUAUUGAUGACCUAUUAGCCAGCUAA